UGAUUGUUUUGAAAUUGUCAUGACUUAACCUCAAAACAAACUGAAGAGUUUCGUCCGCUAUGUGUAUGAUGUGUAAAUAGAAUGUGAUUCCCAAUAAUUAUUAAAAUGAGACGAAGUUUUGCUCCCAGUCAAAAAGGAAAAGCCUCACCGCCGGUGACCCAAAGCACUGAAAACACGGCGACUUCGAACGUUUUAAAGCGAUUUUCGUCACCACUUACAGAACCCUUGAAAAGGACUAAGAACAGUUUACCAGAGAAUCCUAAAAGUAAGCUAAGAAAAGCUGUUGCAAAUGUUGAAAACCAUAAAGAAACAGUGUUGAGUCAUGAAGAUGUUAUUAAAAAAUUAUCCAAAGCAUUCUCUUGUCCUUUACCAAACUAUGAGGGUUCUCAAACCACCAAAAAUUUGGGCAUUAGAAGACCGCAGCCUAAAAGAGCACUGUACGAUCCCAAUAUGCCAAAUGCUUUAGUUUUAUUUGCGCCGCCCCCUCAGACAAUGCACGACAAAUUGAAAAGUGAUAAAAAUACUUUAGUGCAUGUUGUGGUGGAUCCCCAAUUAGGAAAUAUCUUGAGACCACAUCAAAGAGAGGGUGUCAAAUUUAUGUAUGAUUGUGUUACUGGAGUGCAAAUACCUGACUCAUACGGAUGCAUAAUGGCCGAUGAAAUGGGCCUCGGAAAGACAUUGCAAUGCAUAACAUUGCUGUGGACUUUGGUGCGACAAGGCCCUGAAGCCAAACCGACUAUCAGUAAAGGAAUUAUUGUGUGCCCCAGCAGUCUGGUGAAGAACUGGUUUAAUGAAAUAAACAAGUGGCUUGGAGGACGUUUACCUGCAGUUAUGAUAGAUGGAGGCGCCGAUGUAAAAAAGAAAAUUACUCAAUUUAUGCAAGGCCAAGGCAGGAUGGCUAUACCAGUUUUAAUAAUUUCAUACGAAACCUUCAGAAUGCAGGCUGAUAUUCUGCAAAGCAGUGAAAUUGGACUUGUAUUGUGUGACGAAGGUCAUAGACUAAAAAAUUGCGAAAACCAGACAUACAGAGCUCUUAUGGGUCUCAAAUCUAAAAGGCGAGUGUUACUCAGUGGAACUCCAAUCCAAAAUGAUCUUCUGGAAUAUUUCAGUUUAAUUCAUUUUGUAAAUGAAGGUCUUUUAGGCACAUCCAGCGAGUUUAAGAAAAAAUACGAAAACUAUAUUUUAAAAGGUCAAGAUUCAAUAGCUACGGCACAAGAACGCGAAAGAGCUGUGGAAAAAAUUACCGAACUCACCAACAUCGUGAAUAAGUGCCUUAUCAGGCGUACUUCCGCACUCUUAACUAAAUAUCUUCCGGUUAAGUUUGAGAUGAUAGUUAUUUGUCAAUUGACCGCACAUCAGAAGGAACUUUACUUAAAUUAUAUUAAUUCGGACGCAAUAAGACGUACUAUUGUUGACAGUGAACGAGGAGAAAGAGGUCCAGGCGGUACUAGUUCAUUAGCGAGUAUUACAACACUGAAAAAGUUGUGUAACCACCCGUAUUUGAUUAUGGAUAAGAUAUUGGAAGGAGGAGAAGGAUUCGAAAAAUCACAAAAUAUUUUGCCUCCCAGAAAAGGGGAUUUGGAUGUGAAGCCAGAACUGUCCUCAAAAUGUAUGAUUUUAGACUGUUUUUUGGCCAACUUAAAGGCUAAUUAUAAUGACAAAGUGGUAAUAGUCUCAAACUGGACCCAAACCUUGGAUUUGUUUGAAAAAUUAUGGAAAGUCAGGGGUUAUCAAUACGUAAGACUGGAUGGUACAAUGAGCAUCAAGAAGCGUGCUAAAAUAGUGGAGAAUUUUAAUAAGCCGGAUUCAAAAGACUUUAUUUUCAUGCUGAGCUCAAAGGCGGGCGGUUGUGGAUUAAAUUUAAUCGGAGCUAACAGAUUAGUGAUGUACGAUCCGGAUUGGAACCCAGCAAAUGAUGAUCAAGCAAUGGCAAGAGUGUGGAGAGACGGACAGCAAAAACCAUGUUAUAUUUACAGAUUCCUAUCGGCCGGUACCAUUGAGGAAAAAAUAUUCCAAAGGCAAGCUCAUAAGAAAGCCUUGAGUUCUACUAUUGUUGAUAUGAACGAGGAGACAGCAAGACAUUUUAGUGUUGCGGAAUUAAGAGAUUUGUUCAGAUUGGAAAAUACUGAGUCUGACACGCAUUCCAAAUUAAAGUGCAAAAGUUGUUUAAAUAAAAUACCGAUUAAAAAUCCCCCAGAUGAAGCUGAUUGCACUUCAGAUUUAUCGCAAUGGUACCAUUGUUGGGAUAAGAAAGGUUUAGCAGACUUGGUUUUAAAGCAGAUUUGGGAUGUGUGCAAAUAUAUAUCUUUCGUGUUCCAUCAAAAAUCAGCCAAACAAGAAGUUCAGAAAACAAAAAUUCUUGAAGAAGAUAAACACUCAGAUUAUGAGGACAAAGAGGACACGGAUGAUUCCGACUAUGCCGGUUAAAAUACAUAGUGAAGUUAAAAAGCGUUAAAUUUUGUGUAAGUACGGUACAGUUUGUCUAUGCAGUCCUUUUGUUUUAUUCCAACUUUUACUCUACAUGUUUGGAAAUUUUGUUUAAUUAUUUAUUUAUUUUGCUUUGUAUUUGAGUAUAUCUGUCAUUGUCAAUUGAUUAUAAUAAUUUCUGAAAAAAUGUUUCAAAGGAAAAUUGAUUUUCAUGUUCGUGCUGGCUUUCAGUUUUUAUAUGAUUAAACGGAUUAAAAGUAAGACAGCUAGCACACUGUCGUCAAAACACAUGGUUAUCAGUGAUGGAACAUCCUCAUUACAGUGGAGACUUAUUGUGUGAUAAUAUAGUUCUUGUUUCCAUAGCCUA